AUGGCGCUGGGCUGGGAAGGGGCGACUCGGGCCCCGCCCCGAGCCCUGCGGGGCCGCCGGCUCCAGAUGGUCCCGGGCCUCCCGCGGGAGCCGGCGGCCUGCGGCAGGGGGAGGCUAUUGUCCUCCUUCCGCGGCGCCGCAGUCCCGCCGCUCGCGCCCGCGCGCCGCCGCCACGCGCCCCGCCGCCGCCCGCCCCGCGCGCCCCCCGCGCCGCCUGCGCCCCGGCGGUGGGGGCCAAGGCCGGGGGGGACUCGGGCCUCUCUAGAGCUGGGAGAAGAGUCUGGAACAGUUAGGGCUGACGGACACGUUCGCGGCGAGGCUGGGAGCGGGUCUGACAGCGCCGGCCCCUCGCGUCGCCGGGGCUGCGGGGCGGACGGGCCGGCCCCGGGCCAGGUGCUGGGGGCGCGCUCGGCCGCCUCUGCCCGGCGGACUGCGGGAGCCCGGCUCCCUCCUCCCGGGAGCCGCGUGGGCUCCUCCUCGCCUCUUUGGCAGCUGGCUCCACGCGCUCCCUUCUGUUCCCCCACAGUGUGUGGGAGAGGGACACGCGGUUGGCUGUGGUGGCUGGAACUGGCCCGGGGAGAACGCAGACGCUUCGGGCUGCGGGGAAGCGGCCGCGUGCGGCGUUUCUGUGGCCGGGACGCCGAUAGGGCUGUGCGGUCCGCCCCGCACGGAACUACCCAGCAAGGCCUGCUCGCGGGGGUGUUCCAGCUCCGGGGCCAGAGUCGUGAUUUACCUUCCACUCGCUUGGAACUUUACCCCAUUGACCCUAGGACAUUACAUGCUUGUGUGAGGUGCGGGUUUGCCCCGGUCUUAACCUGCUACAUGUCGUCUGCCCUCCCCCUCUCGGAGCAGCCACAGUUCGAACGCUGGAGAGCCCGGGGGUUUCAGGCAUGGGCAGAGGUAGCCACAAACCAGUUUUCCUUGAAGGUGAAGAGGGCAGACCAUUGGAGCCUUUCCUGACCACCGCAUCGCUCUGAGCUGCUGCUGCCUUCCUGCUUCACUUUCUGUGCUUCUGAUGCAUUCCCGUCCCCAGGCUUCCCGGGUGGCUUCCCCUCUCCCCCUGGGGGCUGAUUUCCACUGAGCA